UCGUCAUGGUGGAGGCAGCAAAAUCCACAUAUGGUCAUGUAGCGUUAGGGUUAGAGGUGCAGAUUCUUGCGUCACGGAUACUCGUGAUACAAAACCGCAUCAACCACCACCACACCGCCCUGCUACCCAUCAUCUGAACAUUGGCACCAUGGCGAACAAUACAUGCCAAAGCCGCACGGCUACCCUAGGCAGCAAAACAAGGCUUAGUUGCUUCCUACUUCUGGCUGUUACGCCGACUGCCGCAUUCCAGGUUCCAUGGAAUCUGCCGUCUAAGUCUUCCUGGACGCUGACGAGCAUCCCACGCAGCCUUCGUGAUGAUAGUUGGAUCCAUCAAAAGCUGUCUGCUACGGCCAAAAGAAAAAGAAGUCGUUUUGUUCUUGGAAAUCAAUCUGGUAUUCGUGGCUUUGUCGCGAGGAGUACUUCUGUGUGUCGUCAAGCCGGUGCAAAUUCAGAAGAUACGCCUACAGCGACUUCUCGACCGAGAGCACUUGUCGACCGACUCUGCCUUACCAGUGGUAUUGGUUCCAUGGUGGCUUGGAUAUGUCUCGCCAUUGUGGCGCUGAGAUUCCAUCCAGAUCCCAAGUUCAGUCAUUGCUCCAUGAAACACAACCUACUGACCAUGUCGCAAGCAUUCGCCUUUCCAUUGCCCGUCCUAGCAAGUUCCUUAUGGGCGGCUAGUAGUGGCAGUGCCAAUUCGGAGUCAAGGCGGAGCAAUUUUGAGGAGAAUACACAACGACGGCUUUGCUUGGGGUUGACCGUCACAUUCACAUACCUACUUGCUGCGACCGCUUGGGCACCUGCGUUUGCCUGUGGAUACGAUCUCUAUCCGACGCCUCUCAAGACUGCUGCCAGUCUCGUGUUUGCUUUGGCUGCCGUAUUCCAUGGCACGGCUUGGAAGAAAAGCCUGGACAAAGGUACCAGAACUACAAAUUCCUUGAGUUCUUGUAUCAAUCACAUGGUACGAGGGACCCAUCAAGCACUGUGGUCCAUGGCACCAAACGACAGCAACAACAACACAACAUCUGCCUUGUAUUCAUCUGCAACCAUCGGGCUGCUCUGGUUCACAGUGUUGCCACUCGUCUCGGACUAUCCUCUCCUGACGAUUCCCACGAUUCUGGGAAAGCGAUUAUCUCGGGCGGCGGGAGCAUUCACGUGGAUGGGUGCUGUCAUGGCCUACAGUUUACGACAGGCAAGCGAUGAAGUUCCGGCGCAAGAGACGGACUCUCCUUGCCAAGCCUGCUUGCGAAAGGGAUUGGGCAUCGCCAGUGCUCUCCACGUGGGCUUAAUUGCCCUAAAGCUCAUUGGAGUGGACGACGGAGGUUUUUUGUUGCCGGGACGAGGGCUCUGGGAAGUAUACCCCGCCAUGCUGGCUGUCCCUUUUGCCACGACGGCCUCCAUCCUCACGCACCUCACCGUCUGUUGGGCCGCGUUUACAAGGGGCUAUAAAUAGCUAGCUAGAUGUGAAACCAGCAACCUAUCAUUGAAGGUGUACGAGGCAUCUUCAAUCCAGUUUGCCAACAAAGGUUUAGACCGCAAGGGCAAUUGAAAGUGACAUGUCAGCGGGUUUUUGGUUUUAGCUAGCUAGCUAUUGGAUAAGCGAAAACAGUUACUACUGGUACCGUAGAGAAGUGCUUGGCAGGGGGGGGACAGAGCUUUGGGAGCAGGGAGCAGAAGUGUAUGGGAAGUUUGGGGCCUUUGGGCAAACAAGAUACACUCCAAACCUGAAGGUAAGAAACGUUUGUAGAAACAGAUAAGAAUCUUUUGAUACUGAAAUAUCACACACUUGUAAGAAAACCUCCCAGUAUUGAGACCUCAGAGCACAAGAAAUACUACUAGCUAGCUAGCCUGACACCAUGAAAAUGCUCCUAACUUGUGCCUAAAUCUGCAACAUUUUCUGCCUGCCGGACAGUGAUCACCA